UGAGACCCAUGUGAAAGUACUUGGUGUAGUGACUGCCAUCUGGUGGCAAGCCAGAAUCAUCACCUGUGUGUUACCUAAUGGAUACUAAGAUGUCCUGUCCUGAUUAAUGUGGUGUGUCCUAGCAGCAAAAGAGCCUGGAGGGUAACUGAUAAAGGAGCCUAGGGUCAUAACCUUUGCUUCCACCUGGAUGGGUUGUUCACCCACUUCUGAGACAGCUUCAAAAUGGCACCUCUGAAGAGAAGAUUGGAGUUGCUCUUGUGUUUUUGUCAAGGAUCUGCUAGUUAUCUGUCAGAAGGCAACCAAGUCUGUGAAUAAGCACACAUCAAAAGGAGCAUGUGAUGACAUGGAGCCUGAAAUUAACUGCUCUGAACUAUGUGACAGUUUUCCUGUCCAGGAACUGGAUCGUAGACCACUUCAUAAUCUCUGCAGGACAACAAUUACCUCUCCCCAUCACAGUAGUAAGACAACUUCAUUAUCACCUGUUCUCUUGGGUAUUGUUUGGACUUUUCUCAGCUGUGGACUUCUGCUGAUAGUCUUCUUUCUUGGCUUCACAAUUCGCUGUAGGAAGAACAGGAUUGUGAAGAUGUCCAGUCCCAAUCUGAACAUUGUGACCUUACUGGGAAGUUGUCUAACUUACAGCAGUGCUUACCUCUUUGGGGUUCAAGAUCAAGGUGCUUUAGUAGGAAGUUCAAUGGAAACUCUCAUCCAGAUUAGACUAUCCAUGCUGUGCAUUGGGACCUCCCUGGUGUUUGGCCCUAUUCUGGGGAAGAGCUGGCGACUCUACAAGGUGUUUACCCAAAGGGUCCCUGACAGAAGAGUGAUAAUCAAAGACCUACAGCUGCUGGGGUUGGUGGCAGCUCUGGUGGUAGCUGACAUGAUCCUGCUCAUGACAUGGGUGCUGACUGAUCCCAUCCAGUGUCUCCAGAUUCUUGGUGUCAGUAUGACGGUAACAAGGAGAGAUGUGGCCUGCUCUCUGACCAGCACAUACUUCUGUGCAUCCCGGUACUCUGAUGUCUGGAUUGCUCUUGUCUUUGGAUGCAAGAGCCUGCUGCUGCUGUAUGGAGCCUACCUGGCAGGCCUGACUGACCAUGUCAGCUCUCCCCCUGUCAAUCAGUCUUUGACUAUUAUGGUUGGAGUCAACCUCGUAGUACUGGUUGCUGGGCUUCUUUUUGUGAUUGCCAGAUACUUGCACUCCUGGCCCAACCUGGUUUUUGGACUCACAUCCGGAGGAAUCUUUGUUUGCACAACCACAGUCAACUGCUUCAUCUUCAUUCCCCAGUUGAAGCAAUGGAAGGUAUUUGAAGAAGAAAACCAAACAAUCAGACACAUGGCCAAAUAUUUCAGCACUCCUAGCAAAAGCUUUCAUGCCCAGUACAGUGAGGAACAGAACUGCCAUGCUGGAGGAGAGGGAAACUCCAUGGAAAGGCUUCUCACUGAGAAAAAUGCUGUGAUUGAAAGUCUGCAGGAACAAGUAAACAACGCCAAAGAGAAGCUAGUGAGGCUGAUGACAGCUGAGUGCACCUAUGACCUGCCUGAGUGGGCUGUGCUGCCGGCCUCUUCCCAGGCUGCAGCCUCUACCCUCAGCCUGGCAGCUCAAGGGCCUUCAGAAGGCCUCUCAGCCUCUAAGAAUGAAACCAGCAUGGCUUCCCAGGUCUUCCAAAAUACCUCUGUGCCCUCUUUAAGUGUGCAAAACCUCGAGGGGCCAGGGAUGGACACCAGCCCCUACCGAGGGCAAAAGGAGAAGGUAUCUGACUUGAAAGACUCCUCUCGUCAUUCGCUUAUUGGUUUCAGCCAGAAGCCACGGGCUGAGCAAAGCCAGGGUGUAGAUAAAAGAAGUCAGGAGCCUAUGACCCCCCACCAAAGUCUCCUGCCAGAUGGAGAAGGUCCUGUCCCCCAGAGUAAGGGGCAGCUAGAGAAUUUAGAGAAAACACAGGAGCAGUUGUCACACAUCAACUCAGUGAUCAGGGAGAAGCUUCAGGAAGUCCUGCAAGAUCUGGGCCUGGGCCCUGAGGCUUCCCUUCCCUCUCUGCCUUGUCCCCAGAAACCCUGGAAAAGCAGUGCUGCCCACAAUCCCCAGAAGAUACCUCUCUCCAAGGAACUGGGCUUCAGUCCAUACAUGGUGAGAAGGAGGCGAGCAACACAGAGGGCUCGCUCACACUUUCCCGGUUCCACCUCCUCAUCUGUGGGGCAUUGGGCAAACAGUAUUUCUAGAGCACGUGGGCUAAGUGUGCACAGCAGGGACAGUGCCAACCUGGGCCCCCAAACUACUGAUUCCAGAGUACCAAGAGACUUUUCAAGAAAGUUUUCACUCUUUUCAGACCCUCAAGGCAAACCAACUAGCACAGAGGGUAGUAUACAAGGCCAAGCAGAGCCACAGGGGGGCAGAGAGAGCCGGACAACCUUCCCCCACCAGCCUUCUGGCUCUAGCCUGGCACCAUGCACCACCACCCCAUGCCUGCCCAGAGCCUCAGAGGACCUGCUAGAAAAGCGGCAGCUGCAGCCUCUUGUGCUCCCAGACUGUCCUCCGCUUCCUUCUCCAAGCAACUACCUUGACACUGACUCCAGCAGCUCAGAUGAGUUCUUCUGCCACUGCCACCGACCCUACUGUGAAAUCUGCUUCCAGAGCUCCUCUGAUUCCAGUGACAGUGGCUCAUCAGAUACCGACCUUGAGCCAACUAGGGGACUGGCUUCCUGGGAGAAGCUGUGGGCCCGCUCAAAGCCUAUUGUGAACUUCAAAGAUGAUUUGAAACCCACUCUUGUGUGAACUGUAGCAGAGCAAUGCAGGACUUGGGACAAGUUAUACCCAGGUCUACAGGGAAGAACAGUUCUGGCCUUCGGGGAACAGGCCCUACAUUUGACCAGCCCUUACAGAGUUUCAGGAUGCUCACUCAAGCACUGUGUUAUCUCCAGCACUACUUGAUCUAUAAAAAAGAAGAGAAGGAUUUCCUCUUGUUUCUACCUCACAGCAUUCCUCAAGAAGACCCCCACAAAAUAGUCUUUAGAUAAAAGGUGCUAAGCGAGCACGAUCCUGCUCAGUCUCUGGUCUGCAGAACUCUUGGUGUAUAUUUGAUGUCUGCCUGGGUGGACACACACAUGGAAAGAUGGAUGGAAACUUUGGAAGAAACAGUGCAGUGGAUUGUGACCCAUCUAAUGAGCAUUUGGUGGAUGGGCCUCUUGGGAAGAUCAGUCUCCUGUACCCUUGGGUGCCCUACUCAUGGCAGGGGCUGUCUGUUUUCCUGCUGAAGACUGUGACUAGCACUGCCCCUGAGUCCCAGCCUUUGGUCCAACUGAGCUCAGACACUUCUACACCAUUUUUUGGUGUCUUUUCACUUUUUUUUUUCUUUCCACUAAUAUUAUUAAUGAGGCUUGGUACCUGCAUGACUCCACCAUUCCUUCUUCUUCUGUGAUAGAAGGUAGACAAAGAGAAGGGGAGAUACCUGCAGCAGUGCUCCACUCCUCAUGAUCAUCUCCCAUGCUCACCCCCACAGUUGGGGACAGAGGGCUUGAGCCCAGGUUCCUUGAACAUGAUAACAUGACUGCUCUACUAAGUGAACCACCAUCUGGCCCUUUCUUUCCAUUUUUAUGACACCUUCUCAUCAUCCUGGAGUAGUCAGGUUUCCAUGUGCCACAGUGCUCAGAACUCUGUUAGAUUCAAAUGACACCUGAGGCCCAGGCUGUCUCUUGGUCCAGUGGCCCAUCCAUUUGGCCACUGUCUCCUGCUGUUGGCACCAUGAAGGAUGUAUAUGGACAAUCUCUAUUGAGUUAGGGGAGGCUCCCUUGGUCAAAAGGUACUUUUGGUGCUAAUGGAGUUACAUAAAUCUGGAUAUAAAAGGGGAGGGCAUAGAAAGGAAGACAUGGAGGAGAAGAAGCCAGGACAAAAAGCCUUGCAUCGCCUGUGGCAGAUAAAUUUAAGUACUUGCUGAUGCUGAUAAACCUGUGGUGUCCACUCUCUCAUUCCCACUUUUGCAGGUGGGAAGCAAGAGGGAGAGAGAACUUUAGCCCAGCAUCCCACCACCAAAGAAUGGCCAUCAUAGGACUUGCCCCUGGCCCCUGGGGCUCCAAGUCAGUAGACUUUCCCUGAGGAUACAUCACUUGACUCUUUUGGGGUGUGGCAGGCUGGCCUGGGCAGGCCAGACAAUAAAGCAAGGCAGGAAAGUGGGGGAGACUGAGACAUGCUCGUCCUGCAGCGAAACACAACAAAACGUGGUUCCUCACUGGGAAGGCAACCCUCCACUGCCUCGCUGCCCAGGGCUAUGCAUGCACCUCCCAGAGCAGCCUCAGAGCUGAGAAAGGCUGAGUGCCAGGAGCUAGUCUGCUGUCAGAGCCACAGGGAAGUGCAGCUGGACCAACUGCCCUGGUUCCUGGGCUGGUUGUUGUUUACAGGGUGCCCCCCCCCCCACCUCCUACACGUGCCUUUGUAAGUGUACUCAUGUCUGUUUGCAGGAAUUGGGCCCUUUGCAGAUAUGCCUGAGGUGGGCAUUUGGCUCCAGAUGUCUCACCAAUCUCAUAUGAACUCUGACCGCCUCCCAAAUCUCCAUCCUGGAAGGGGACACCCUCCUUAUUGCACAGCUUCUCCUCACUUCUCACUUUAAACACCAAUGUCAUAAUUUAUUAUGUGUGGGGGUUGGUAUUUUCUGCUAGUUCUGUGUGUACGCUGUC